AUUCAGUUGCCGCUUGACUGUCGCCACGUGCGGUUCGUAACGGUUCGGUUUCGGUUCGGACUUGGUUUCCCUUUGAGAAAAUCUCCUCCGCGAAAGUCAGUUUUCGUGUGGUGUGCGUCUCCGUGUGCGUGUGGGAGUAUAUCUAUAAAGUAAGCUUGAUGCACAAUAAAACGCAGAAAUUCAAAUAAUUAAAAUCAGAUAAAAUGUCUGGUAAUGAUGUUUCGGUGACUGAGACAGCACAAAGCGAUCAGUAUCAUCUGCCACCCACUGCCAAUACUGCUGCACAUCAUCAAUAUUAUCGCUACCAGAAGCAGCCACAGCAGCCACAGCAGCAACAGCAGCAACAACAGAGCUGCAUGCGACAGCAACAAAGACAAUUGCAGUGGGAGCAACAGCAACAACAACAACUUCAACACCAACUGGCAAACAGCUCCAGCGAGUUUGACGAGUUCCAUUGGCCCAGCAAGCAGCCGCAGCAGGGCAGCAGCACAGCUGGAGGAGGGAAAAUCUAUAUAACACCUGCAGACAUUCCGCCGCCGCCCCAUCCGCCCCAUCAAAGCGGCAACAGUCACCACAAUGGCAACAAGAGCAGGCAGCACCACGCUCACCCCCAUCCCCAUCCGCACCAGCAUGGACCAUUGACAACGCCGCCACACCGAACACCGCCGCACCGCUGCAAAUGUGAGCAUCCCAGCAUCGAGCUGAUGGGCUACGAGGAGGCCGUCAUAGCCAGUGCCACCGCCACCAACACCGCGGCCAAUGUCACCAUGCACCGCCACCAGCAUCCGCCCUACUACUACAAGGCGGGAACCCGGCGACCCAGUGGCAAGCUUCACGAGUCCAUGCUGGGCGGAGGCAGUAGUCUGGAUGAUGACGAUUUGGCCAGCGCCGGCAGCUUUGGAGACGGAAUGUCGCGGUUUAAGAACCUCAUGUAUUCCAAGGAAAAAAAGCGACGAGUCCGGAUCAUUCUCAGCAUUGUAACAGCUGUCAUCGCCGUUGCUCUGCUGGCCACCGCCCUCGUAUUUAUCCUUAAAACGGACAAGGACAAUGGCAGCAACGAGGACAACUCUGGAAGCAAUGGAAUAGAUCUGGAGGAUGUGCUGAGCGGUCAAUUAUAUGCCAAGCGCUUCAAUGGCAGCUGGAGCAAUGGUAACAGUGUGCUCUAUAAGGAUAAUGCGUCCAUCAUGGAGUACGAUGCGAAGACUGGAGUGCGCACCCCGUUGCUCCACAAUGCGGCGCAAUAUGUGCUGUAUGAGAAGUCCGCGGACGGGGAGCUUCUGCUUCUGGCCAAGAACUACAAGAAGAACUUCCGGUACAGCUUCCUGGCCGAGUACGACAUCUACAACCUCAGCUCGAACCAGUUCCAGCCACUGACCAUUCAGAACCAACAGCUCUAUCUGAGCAUGGUCCAGUGGUCGCCGGUGGGCAAUGCUCUCGUCAUCAACUACGAUCGCAAUCUGUACUACAAGAAGAGCGCCCUGGAGCCGGAGAUAGCUAUCACCAGCGACGAGCAGGCCGGCAUCCUUAACGGCAUUCCGGAUUGGGUGUACGAGGAGGAGGUGUUCAGCUCCAAUGUUGCUACCUGGUUCAAUCCCUCGGGAACUCAGCUGGCCUUCAUUAAGUUCGAUGACUCGUCCACGCAUCUCAUCAAUUUCCCCUACUACGGCGAUGCUGGGGACCUUCGCUACCAGUAUCCCCUGCACCAGGUGAUUGCCUAUCCCAAGGCGGGUUCCUCGAAUCCUCGCGUCGAGCUGGUCAUGGUAGAUCUGGUGCGUGCGGCGUCCGGAGGGGAUUUCAUCACUGUCAUGCCCGUACCACCUGCUCUGAACACGGAAACGGAUUACAUUGUCACUGUCGUCAGUUGGGUGGAUGAUGCACACGUCCUCUCCAUCUGGAUGAAUCGCAUUCAAAAUGCCGCCUAUGUGGUAACCUUCGAUGGACUAAAUCGGAAAGUGAUCUACAGCACGGAAUCAAAAACUGGAUGGGUAGAUCUGUACACGGCUCCCUUCCGGAACCGCAAUGGAUCGCGCCUGGCCGUCGUCCUGCCCCACAACAACUACAAGCACCUGCAGCUGCUCAGCUCAAGUGCAAGCAGCGCGGAGCAGCAGCAGCUGGAGCCGCUGACCGAGGGAAAGUUCGUGGUGGACAGCAUUCUCCACUGGGACGCCACCUACGAUGUUAUCUUCUACACAGCCAACACCGAGGAGCACCCAGAGCAGCUGCAUCUGUAUGCCAUUAGGGCCCAGGCAAAGCAGAACGCCAAGUGCUUGACCUGCAAGCUGAUCAAAUCGGGUGAUGUGGACCAGACCUACUUCUCGGCGACGUUCAAUGACAAUAACCAUUUGGUGCUCACCUCGCUGGGGCCGGGCAUACCCACCACCCACCUCUACGAAUGGAAAUAUGUGGACUCUCAGGUUGUCAUCACGAAUGUGCUCGACUGGGAAACUAAUGAGGCACUACGCACCAAGCUGAAGGGUGUGGCCCUGCCCACCCACAAGAUUCUGACGGUGAACAUUGAUGGGGGCUUCCAGGCCAAGGUUCUCCUACAGCUGCCUCCCAACUUGGACACCAGCGGCAAUACCAAAUAUCCCAUGUUGGUGGAUGUGUAUGGGGGACCCGACUCGUACUCAGUAACCAACAAAUGGAUGCUGGACUGGGGCACUUAUCUUACCUCGAACCAGUCGGUGAUCUAUGCCAAAAUUGAUGGGCGUGGCUCGGGACUGCGUGGCGAAAGUCUGCUACAUGCCAUCUACCUUCAGUUGGGCACUGUAGAGAUCAGUGAUCAGAUCACGGUUACGCAGAACCUCACCCAACUUUUUAACUACAUUGAUCGCGACCAUAUCGGUAUUUGGGGAUGGUCAUAUGGGGGCUACGCGGCGGCCAUGGCGCUGGCCAAUGAUGGAGAUGAAGUGUUCAAGUGUGCAGCUUCCAUAGCUCCGGUCACAGACUGGGCCUACUACGAUUCCAUUUAUACGGAGCGUUAUAUGUCCUUGCCCAAUACCAAUGAGGUGGGCUAUGCCAACUCCAGGCUGAGCACACGGGCCCAGAAGUUGAGGGGCAAGAAAUAUCUGCUCGUCCAUGGAACACUCGAUGACAAUGUGCACUACCAGCAGGCCAUGAUCCUGGCCAAGAACCUGGAGCGUCACGAUAUACUCUUCAAGCAGAUUAGCUAUGCUGAUGAGGAUCAUGGUCUGUCUAAUGUGCGUCCGCAUUUGUAUCAUUCAUUGGAUCGCUUCUUUGGCGAGUGCUUUGCCAGCAGUCGGCUUAUGAAAAGUGCUAAAUAAACAAUGCAAAAAUGCAAAAAUGCAAUAAUAUAAAAUAAAGGUAAUAUACUCGUAAUAGAACAGAAAUAAUACAUAGGUAUUAAUAUCAGAUCCUGAAUAGCUAAGCCCACAACAGAUUGAAGCAGAACAUAAUCAAAUAAUAGCAAAUGAUUAACUAAGCCAAAAAUUGGUACUUAAAGAGUUAUUAGAUUUCUGCUUGAAUUCAAAAAAUAAAACACAACAACAUUAAACAAAAGUAAACA